GCGCAUGGUGUUGGGCAUGUAGGAAUGCGCACGUGCGGUCGUGGCCGCGUCAAUUCCUUAGCGCGUUCAGUUGUCGAUGCAUCUGUCCGUCUAUUUUCCUUGUCAGCAUUGCAUGUCAACAUUCUCAUACCAACAAUCAUGCUACCCGAUGAGAUCCUCGAUACUUUGCAAUCGGAAUUUCCGUGUAGGGAGUCACAAAUUCAGCAAUUGACUGCGUUCUAUUCGGAACACCACCUCCCCUCACCACCCCUCCUAGUUGCUCACGGUCUCACUGCCACAGGCAAAUCGUCGAUCAUAAAAUCACUACUCGAACUAUCAUCGUUGCCUCAUGCUGUCAUAAGAUGUCGCGAAUGCAUUACGGGAAGACAUCUGUUGGAGCGCAUUGUUGCAUCAUGUUUAGAUGCACUGGACACAUUUGGCGACGAGAGAAUCGAUAGGAAACGCUUUGCACGAACCGAGAACUUGAGUAGCCUCGCAGUGAAUCUGCAGAGGCUUUUAGAAGGACGGAAUAAGUUCGUACUGGUGCUAGACGGUAUCGACAAACAAAGGGAAGCCCCGCCAACAAUGAUGGCGGCUCUGGGAAGGUUUCGAGAAGUGAUACCCAAUCUCUCAAUCAUCCUGAUAUCGAACCUCCCUCUUACGCAAGCCCUCUACACUCCAUCCACCCCACACAUCCACUUCGCACCCUACCCGCGCUCUUCGCUCCUCACCAUACUUGCCGCCAAACCUCCUAAGAUCUUUCUCACGCCGCCUUCAACUGAGAAAUUCCCUGAUUACACACCCGACCUCGCCGCUGAAGACGAUGCGUGGCUAUGGGGUCGCUUCACCUCCGCUGUUUACGACUCUCUCUCCAAACACACAGGCCGCGACCUCGUCAAUUUUCGUAUUGCAGCUUUGAAGCUCUGGCGUCCUUUCGUAGAGCCCGUCGAGGCAGGCACAUUUGGAACAAGGGAUUUCUCAAGAUUGAUGGUCAACCGACGGCACCUCUUCCAAGGCGAAGAAGGCGUGCUCGACCGCAUAAUCGCUUCGGAAAGCACCCUCACAAACCCGACGGGCACCGUACCUCCGACACCCAAAAGAAACUUAAGAACCCUCGCUCACGAUCUCCCUUACUACGCUACACACCUCCUUAUAGCCGCAUACCUCGCCUCCUACAACCCUUCCCGUACAGACGUAACUUACUUCAUGAAGCACACCGACAAGCGCAAGAACAAGCGCCGUGUGCACACAUCCUCGGGAACUGGCGCCAUGAAAUCAAAGCAUCGCAAGAUCUCGCGUCAUCUGCUCACGCCUUCUCCAUUCCCUCUCGACCGCCUUCUCGCUAUCUUUAGGGCCCUGCUGGACGAUGCAGGCGUGCCGCAGUCGGCGGACUUGUAUACCCAGGUGGCGACGCUGACGAGUAUGCGGCUACUGGUCAAGGCGGGAGGUGCAGGUAGUGCUGACCCGUUAGAUACGGGAGCAAAGUGGAGGGUCAAUUUUGGAUGGGAGUAUGCAAGGGGGUUGGGGAGGACUGUUGGGCUGGAAGUUGGGGAAUAUCUUGUCGGUGGAGUGGACUGA